AGAACCUAAUAUAGCUUUAAAGAAAAGGUGAGAUCGGUCAUUCAUCGCUGUAAUAUGGGAUAUUUGAUUUAAAGGGAUAAACUAAUACCCAGUCCAUAUUAAGAGGUAUAGACAAAACAAAUUUGGAUGUUGGAGAAGAUGAUGGCCAUUGGAUAAUUAGUCCAACGAUGGAUGUUACUGAUAGGUAUGAAUGUGGAGGUGAUGUUCUUCUCUAGGGAAAAUAUACGGAGAUUUGGAAAGCAUCUGAAAUCUUAGACAUUUUUUAUUAUCUAGGAACAACAAUGGAUGCUCUUACAACAGCUAUAUUCAUCUUCUUCUAUGUAUUCUCCCUCUUAAGAAUCUCUGCUGCAGUAGACACCAUAACUGUAAAUCAACCCAUUAGAGAUGGUGAGACCAUCACUUCAGCGGGUGGGACCUUUGAAUUGGGUUUCUUCAGUCCAGGUAAUUCCAAGAAUCGAUACUUGGGGAUAUGGUACAAGAAAGUGGCUCCUCGGGCGGUGGUAUGGGUUGCCAAUAGAGAAAGUCCACUAACUGAUUCAUCAGGUGUUUUAAAGGUCACUCAACAGGGAAUUCUUGUUGUGGUCAACGGUACUAAUGGAAUUCUUUGGAAUUCUAAUUCAUCACGUUCUGCACUGGAUCCAAACGCUCAGCUUUUGGAAUCUGGAAAUCUUGUUAUGAGAAAUGGCAAUGAUAGUGACCCAGAAAACUUCCUAUGGCAGAGUUCUGAUUAUCUAUGCGAUACUCUUCUACCAGGCAUGAAGUUUGGAUGGAACAGAGUAACAGGCCUGGAUCGGUACCUGUCAUCGUGGAAGAGUGCUGAUGACCCUUCUAAAGGUAAUUUUACUUAUGGGAUUGAUCUAAGUGGAUUUCCACAACUAUUAUUGAGGAAUGGUUUAGCUGUAGAGUUUCGUGCUGGACCAUGGAAUGGAGUUGGAUUUAGUGGACUACCUCAUGUAAUAGAAAACUCAGUUACUAAAUUUCAUCUUGUUUCUAAUGAAAAGGAGAUAUAUUUUUCUUAUUCUCUUGUUGACAGCUCUGUUAUAAUGAGGCUUGUGUUAACUACUGAUGGUUAUUCACGAAGGUCUACAUGGACUGAUAAAAAAAAUGAAUGGACUCUUAACAGAAAUGCACAGAGGGAUCACUGUGACAAUUAUGCAUUAUGUGGAGGAUAUGGAAUCUGUAAGACUGCCCAAUCUCAAAUAUGUGACUGUAUGAAAGGAUUUAGGCCAAAGUUCCAAAUCAAUUGGGACAUGGCAGACUGGUCAAAUGGAUGCGUUCGAAGCACUCCACUGGAUUGUCAGACGGAUGGAUUUGUAAAGUUAUCUGGUGUGAAACUGCCAGACACGCGGAACUCCUCGUUUAAUGAAAGCAUGAACCUUAAGGAAUGUGCUUCCCUCUGCUUGAGGAACUGCUCUUGCACUGCUUAUGCAAAUUCAGAUAUCAGAGGAGGAGGAAGCGGAUGCUUGCUCUGGUUUGGUGAAUUGAUUGACAUCAGAGACUUUACUCAAAAUGGGCAAGAGUUUUAUGCAAGGAUGGCUGCAGCAGACUUAGAUGCUUUUUCAAGCACAAAUAGCAGCUCCAAGAAGAAGCAAAAGCAGGUCAUUGUCAUCUCUAUAUCAAUUACCGGAAUAGUUCUUUUAAGUCUAGUCCUGACCUUGUAUAUGCUGAAGAAGAGGAAGAAGCAGCUAAAGAGAAAAAGAUACAUGGAACACAAUUUAGGAGAUGAAGGCCAUGAGCAUCUAGAGUUACCAUUAUUUGACUUGGAUAUAUUAUUGAAUGCCACUAAUAACUUUUUUAGAGAUAAUAAGCUUGGAGAGGGUGGUUUUGGACCUGUGUAUAAGGGAAUAUUGCAAAAAGGACAAGAAAUAGUAGUGAAGAUGCUGUCAAAAACUUCUAGACAAGGAUUAAAAGAGUUCAAAAAUGAAGUUGAAUCCAUUGCAAAACUUCAACAUCGAAAUCUUGUAAAGCUUCUUGGAUGUUGCAUUCAAGGCCGAGAAAGGAUGCUGAUCUAUGAAUACAUGCCCAACAAAAGCUUGGACCGUUUCAUUUUUGAUCAGAUGCGAAGUGGAGUACUAGAUUGGCCUAGGUGCUUCCUCAUUAUCAAUGGGAUUGCUCGAGGCUUGCUUUACCUUCAUCAAGAUUCUAGACUCAGGAUAAUCCAUAGAGAUCUCAAAGCAGAAAACAUUUUACUAGAUAAUGAAAUGACACCCAAAAUUUCAGACUUUGGAAUAACAAGAAUUUUUGGAGGAAAUGAAACUGAAGCAAACACAACGAGAGUGGUUGGAACAUUAGGUUAUAUGUCUCCAGAGUAUGCAAGUGAAGGACUGUAUUCCACAAAAUCCGAUGUUUUUAGCUUUGGUGUUUUGGUUCUAGAGAUUAUAAGUGGGAAGAGAAAUAAAGGAUUUAACAACCCAGACCACGACCUUAAUCUUCUUGGGCAUGCAUGGGCACUCUUUAUAGAAGAUAGGUCUUCAGAAUUUAUUGAUGCAUCAAUGGGGAAUUCCUGCAAUCUAUCUGAAGUGCUACGCUCAAUCAAUUUGGGUCUAUUAUGUGUGCAACGUUUCCCAGAGGAUCGACCAAACAUGCAUUAUGUGGUUUUGAUGUUGAGUAGUGAGGGUGCAUUACCUCAGCCCAAAGAGCCUUGUUUCUUCACUAAUAAGAAUAUGAUGGAAGCAAAUUCUUCGUCUAGUAAUCAACCCACCAUCAUGGUGUUGGAAAAUCUUAGGCUUUUUAUUUUUAUUUUUUAUCUGGGAACAACAAUGGAUGCUCUUACAACAGCUGUAUUCAUCUUCUUCUAUGUAUUCUCCCUCUUAAGAAUCUCUGCUGCAGUAGACACCAUAACUGUAAAUCAACCCAUUAGAGAUGGUGAGACCAUCACUUCAACGGGUGGGACCUUUGAAUUGGGUUUCUUCAGUCCAGGUAAUUCCAAGAAUCGAUACUUGGGGAUAUGGUACAAGAAAGUGGCUCCUCGGACGGUGGUAUGGGUUGCCAAUAGAGAAAGUCCACUAACUGAUUCAUCAGGAGUUUUAAAGGUCACUCAGCAGGGAAUUCUUGUUGUGGUCAACGGUACUAAUGGAAUUCUUUGGAAUUCUAAUUCAUCGCGUUCUGCACUGGAUCCAAACGCUCAGCUUUUGGAAUCUGGAAAUCUUGUUAUGAGAAAUGGCAAUGAUAGUGACCCAGAAAACUUCCUAUGGCAGAGUUCUGAUUAUCCAGGCGAUACUCUUCUACCAGGCAUGAAGUUUGGAUGGAACAGAGUAACAGGCCUGGAUCGGUACCUGUCAUCAUGGACGAGUGCUGAUGACCCUUCUAAAGGUAAUUUUACUUAUGGGAUUGAUCUAAGUGGAUUUCCACAACUAUUAUUGAGGAAUGGUUUAGCUGUAGAGUUUCGUGCUGGACCAUGGAAUGGAGUUGGAUUUAGCGGACUACCUCAAGUAAUAGAAAACUCAGUUACUAAAUUUCAUUUUGUUUCUAAUGACAAGGAGAUAUAUUUUUCUUAUUCUCUUGUUGACAGCUCUGUUAUGAUGAGGCUUGUGUUAACUCCUGAUGGUUAUUCACGAAGGUCUACAUGGACUGAUAAAAAAAAUGAAUGGACUCUUUACACAACUGCACAGAGGGAUCACUGUGACAAUUAUGCAUUAUGUGGAGGAUAUGGAAUCUGUAAGACUGCCCAAUCUCAAACAUGUGACUGUAUGAAAGGAUUUAGGCCAAAGUUCCAAAUCAAUUGGGACAUGGCAGACUGGUCAAAUGGAUGCGUUCGAAGCACUCCACUGGAUUGUCAGACGGAUGGAUUUGUAAAGUUAUCUGGUGUGAAACUGCCAGACACGCGGAACUCCUCGUUUAAUGAAAGCAUGAACCUUAAGGAAUGUGCUUCCCUCUGCUUGAGGAACUGCUCUUGCACUGCUUAUGGAAAUUCAGAUAUCAGAGGAGGAGGAAGCGGAUGCUUGCUCUGGUUUGGUGAAUUGAUUGACAUCAGAGACUUUACUCAAAAUGGGCAAGAGUUUUAUGCAAGGAUGGCUGCAGCAGACUUAGAUGCUUUUUCAAGCACAAAUAGCAGCUCCAAGAAGAAGCAAAAGCAGGUCAUUGUCAUCUCUAUAUCAAUUACUGGAAUAGUUCUUUUAAGUCUAGUCCUGACCUUGUAUAUGUUGAAGAAGAGGAAGAAGCAGCUAAAGAGAAAAAGAUACAUGGAACACAAUUUAGGAGAUGAAGGCCAUGAGCAUCUAGAGUUACCAUUAUUUGACUUGGAUAUAUUAUUGAAUGCCACUAAUAACUUUUCUAGAGAUAAUAAGCUUGGAGAGGGUGGUUUUGGACCUGUGUAUAAGGGAAUAUUGCAAGAAGGACAAGAAAUAGCAGUGAAGAUGCUGUCAAAAACUUCUAGACAAGGAUUAAAAGAGUUCAAAAAUGAAGUUGAAUCCAUUGCAAAACUUCAACAUCGAAAUCUUGUAAAGCUUCUUGGAUGUUGCAUUCAAGGCCGAGAAAGGAUGCUGAUCUAUGAAUACAUGCCCAACAAAAGCUUGGACCGUUUCAUUUUUGAUCAGAUGCGAAGUGGAGUACUAGAUUGGCCUAGGCGCUUCCUCAUUAUCAAUGGGAUUGCUCGAGGCUUGCUUUACCUUCAUCAAGAUUCUAGACUCAGGAUAAUCCAUAGAGAUCUCAAAGCAGAAAACAUUUUACUAGAUAAUGAAAUGACACCCAAAAUUUCAGACUUUGGAAUAGCAAGAAUUUUUGGAGGAAAUGAAACUGAAGCAAACACAACAAGAGUGGUUGGAACAUUAGGUUAUAUGUCUCCAGAGUAUGCAAGUGAAGGAUUGUAUUCCACAAAAUCCGAUGUUUUUAGCUUUGGUGUUUUGGUUCUAGAGAUUAUAAGUGGGAAGAGAAAUAGAGGAUUUAACAACCCAGACCACGACCUUAAUCUUCUUGGGCAUGCAUGGGCACUCUUUAUAGAAGAUAGGUCUUCAGAAUUUAUUGAUGCAUCAAUGGGGAAUACCUGCAAUCUAUCUGAAGUGCUACGCUCAAUCAAUUUGGGUUUAUUAUGUGUGCAACGUUUCCCAGAGGAUCGACCAAACAUGCAUUAUGUGGUUUUGAUGUUGAGUAGUGAGGGUGCAUUACCUCAGCCUAAAGAGCCUUGUUUCUUCACUGAUAAGAAUAUGAUGGAAGCAAAUUCUUCGUCUAGUAAUCAACCCACCAUCACGGUGUUGGAAGCUCGAUAGAAGAUGCUUCGUGUUGUUGUUUUGUUGUCUUUGGACCUGUGACCAUAUAAGCUAAACUUUCGACUACUUUUGGCAACUUUUCACAAUCACACUACUUAGCUCCUAACAAAAGACUCAUCUAAGAUGUUAUGAGGUGAUAAAUCUUUGUUGUUGCUUUUUGUCUGGAUGAUGAUAGUUAUUCAUGGUAUAAGUUCCAUAAUAGAAGUUGUCCAUAUAAGAAAGUUGUUCUUUUAAAAAGUACUAAUUACUUGCACCAUGUUGGGGAAA